GCCUCCACGUGGGUUCAGUGUAGAAAUCCCGGACUGCGGAUCAUGGCGGGAGCUGAGACCGAAGAUGCUACCGGAGCAGAGGCCUCGCAGCCCCAGAAGCGCUACUACCGGCAACGUGCACACUCCAACCCCAUGGCGGACCAUACGCUGCGCUACCCUGUGAAGCCAGAGGAAAUGGACUGGUCUGAACUAUACCCAGAGUUUUUUGCUCCACUGACCCAAAAUCAGAGCCAUGAUGACCCAAAGGAUAAGAAAGAGAAGAGACCUCAGGCCCAAGUGGAGUUUGCAGACAUAGGCUGUGGCUAUGGUGGCCUGUUAGUGGAACUGUCACCACUGUUCCCAGAUACCCUGAUUCUAGGCCUGGAGAUUCGGGUAAAGGUUUCAGACUAUGUACAAGACCGGAUUCGGGCCCUGCGUGCAACUCCAGGAGGCGGCUUCCAGAACAUCGCCUGUCUCCGUAGUAAUGCCAUGAAGCAUCUUCCUAACUUCUUCCGAAAGGGCCAGCUGACGAAAAUGUUCUUCCUCUUCCCGGACCCACAUUUCAAGAGGACGAAGCACAAGUGGCGAAUCAUCAGUCCCACACUACUGGCAGAAUAUGCCUACGUGCUGAGAGUAGGGGGCCUGGUAUACACCAUAACCGAUGUGCUGGAGCUACACAACUGGAUGUGCACCCAUUUUGAAGGGCACCCUCUGUUUGAACGUGUACCUCUAGAGGAGCUGAGUGAAGAUCCCAUUAUCAGACAUCUGGGCACCUCAACUGAAGAGGGAAAGAAGGUUCUACGCAGUGGAGGGAAGAAUUUCCCAGCCAUCUUCCGAAGAAUACAAGAUCCUAGUCUCCAGGCAGUGACUCCCAGUCCCAUUCUUCCUGGUCUCUUAACUGCUCAUCCUACCUUAGCUGGAACUCUUCUUUAAGAGGCCAAAAAGAUCAGG